AUGGAACCUCUGAUUGUGGCAAACUUAAAAUUCUCCAUUGACCUGUUAAAAAAACUCUGUAAGGUCAACACAGGCAAUGUGUUAUUCUCACCCCUGAGCAUCUCCUCUGCAUUGGGUCCGGUCGUGCUGGGUGCCAAUGGCCAAACUGCCGCACAGAUGUAUAAGACCCUCCACUUUAACCAUGAGAAAAUUAUGUACCACGAUCUGUAUGACGAGCUCUACAAAGGAGGGAACUACAGAAGCCUGAAGUUGGUGAACCGCUUGUUUGGAGAAAGGACACUCAAUUUUAAAGAUGAUUUCCUUGACAUGUGUGAAGAGUGGUGUUACACAAACUUGAGGAAUGCUGACUUCAAGACAGAUCCUGAGGCUGCGAGAAAACGAAUCAACGACUGGGUGCAGAACAAGACUGAGAAGAACAUUAAGAAUUAUUUGGAUAAAGGAGAUGUGACUAAGGACACAAGUCUUGUUCUAAUCAGCGCUGUGCACUUCAUGGAUAAGUGGGUCAACCCAUUCAAAAGUGUUCCUGUCAACCAGGACAAAGGAGUAAAUUGGCCAAUGAUGAGUCGGAUGGAUAAAUUUCCUCUGGGUAACAUCCCACACAGACAACACCAACCCAAACAUCCCCCUAUUGCUCGGAUUCUGGAGAUCCCUUAUGCGAAUAAGGAUAUGAGCAUGAUCAUUAUACUCCCAAACCAGAGCGAUAGGCUACCGGAGAACUCUCUCUCUGUCUGUCUCUUAUUUUUCUCCCCUUCCUCUAAGUUGGUAGAAUCAAUCACUUAUGAGAAGCUUCUGGAAUGGACUGAGCCGGACAAUAUGAUUUAUACAGAUGUGGCUGUUAAAAUACCCCUCUUUAAGAUGCAGGAGAAUUAUAACCUGGAGGAGGUCCUGAAGAGUCUGGGCAUAACUGAUCUGUUUGAUGAGAAGUGUGACUUAUCUGGCAUGGCACCUGGACUGUUAAAGCUGCCCAAAGUGAUGCAUAAGUCUUCGGUGGAGGUGAACGAGGAAGGAACAGAGGCGGAUGCAGGCGGUGAUGCAGUUGUCCAUGGUCUUUCUCUCAGUAAUAAAAUUCAAGGGGGUUUCGUGGCAGACCGCCCCUUCCUUUUCUUCAUCCGGCACAACCCCACCAAGAGCAUCAUCUUCUGGAGCCGCUUCAUCUCCCCAUGACCUGUAAACUAGAAUCUGAACCAAAGAGCAGAGCAGACUGUACAACAGUGUGAUCUGUCAUAUUAAAA